AUGUUAAGCAAUAAGCUAAGAAGAUUAUUUGCCAAAUUAAAUGUGGAAAAAGACAUGAAAAUCCAGUCUAUAUCGAAGAAAAAACUUCAAACGAAGAAAAAGCCAACGGUUGAGCUGCCUGACAAUGUUUGGAACCUCAUCUUUGACUAUUCGUCGCCGUUUGAUGUAAUAAAAUGGCGACGGGUCAAUAAACAAUUCAAACGCAUUACCGAUAGUCGUGUGAAAAGGACGCUCUACCUAGAUGUGUUGAGAAUGGACAUCACACAGAUACUGCCAAAAGGAGUGCUGGGAGAUGGAGACUUCUUCCGACACCCUACUUGCAAUUUAUUAGGGCAUCAUGAAUAUCGUUCUCUUCUGCUUGCCGCUCAUGCGCAAUGGACAGCCAAAGAAGCGGCAAAACUGCUGCGUGCGAUUCAGUUCUUUGGCAAAAACGCUCACACCAUCAUGAUCGAUUCAUCAAUAGCUGAGCUGUGUGUGGCAGGACAAUGUACGACAGACAUACCGGCAUGGUUUGCAUUCCAAGCCGCAGCCGGUGGUACCGAUCCGACACCCGAUUCCGAUGGGAUUCAGACCCCAGGAUGGCUCCAAAGUGAAGCGAAAUUCAACAUGUCUACAUAUCUUAGUCAGUCUGAUGGUGAUUUACCGCAGUGGAACCCAACAACGCAACGCAUUCCAUUAGGGCCGCUCUUCCCGAAAGCCAAAGAGAUCACAUUCCGUUGUACUAUUCCGCAAUUACGUCGUAUGCGUCGGCUAUCCGUCUAUCGCGUGCCGGCCACCAUGAUCUUUUCACCAGAACAUCUACAAGUGUUCCGACUGGCCAUCAUUGGUGGACGUUCCAACGCACCAGCCACGAUAAAACUACGUCCAUUCCGUGAAUGGCUUGACGCUGACCAACUCGGUAACAAGCUUUGCGUACAAUUUUGCUGAGUCACCUAGAGACGGAGUUAUGGGCCUUCGUUUUUACUUCCUCCUCUAAGUAAGGGCAGUUCUAGUGCCUUACCCAUAUAUAACGAUGCUAUAUUGAAAAUCAUGUUGUGAUAUACACCACCACCGAUAAAUCGCUCGCAAUGCAUUGCCAAGAAAUUUCUGUAAAAGAAUUAAUCCUUGUAUAUACUGUUGCUUUUCCUUUUAUGCACCUACCUGUAUACAGAUGUAUAAUAAUUAGGGAGAUGUAUAAGUCUGAGUUAUUUGGUUGUGUCUAAGUGUUGUUUUUUUACCACUUUUGCCACGUUGAUUAGAUCUUCUAAGAAAUUUUUGUUCACUACAUUUUGUAGUUUAUGCUCUGAUUUAUUAGCUGAUCUCCGUGGUCACUGUAUCACCGCUAUGCAGUAAUAUAAUAAGCAUUUCCUCUUGACUUAGCUUUUUUUAGUGGACACUUUUGCAGACCUACCGUAUGCUACCGUGAUCAAGGGCAGCUUAGCAUCGCAGUCUACACAACCGCAUCAAAAGUAAUCCAUUUUUUUGACAUUGCGAGCGACG